AUGGCAACGGCGCCGCGGCGGAGGGCAAGCAUGGGGCGGCAGAAGAUCGAGAUCCGGAAGAUCGAGAGCGAGGAGGCGCGGCAGGUCUGCUUCUCCAAGCGCCGGGCCGGGCUCUUCAAGAAGGCCAGCGAGCUGGCCGUGCUGUGCGGCGCCGAGGUGGCUGCCGUCGUCUUCUCCCCCGCAGGCAAGGCCUUCUCCUUUGGCCACCCCUCCGUCGAGGCCAUCCUCGACCGCUUCGUCCCCUCCGCGGCGCAGGCCGCCGGGGCGGUGGUGGCCGCUGCCGGCCUGGGCGCCGCUGGCGACCGCAACCUGGCGGAGCUGAACCGGCAGUACGGCAACCUGCGCACGCAGCUGGAGGCGGAGAAGGCGCGCAAGGAGCGCGCGGAGGAGGCUAUGUCCAAGGAGCGCGCCGCGGGCAACCAGAUGGCCGCGUGGCUCGACGCCGACCUGCGCGACAUGGGGGAGGAGGAGCUCAUGGCCUUCGCCGCCGCGCUGGUGGAGGUGCAGGCCGCCGUCUCGGACCGCGCCAACCAGGUGCUCCAGGAGGCGCUCAACGUCGGCCGCUCCAGGAGCGCCAACCGCAUGCUCCAGGCGCCCCCGCAGCAGCAGCUUGCCGGGGGCGGUACCUUCGACUUGGGCAGCACCAGCAGCAGCAGCAGCACCAACGCUGGGAUGGAGAUACAGCAAAUGCUGCUGGCCAUGCCUCCGCCGCCCCCGCCGGGGUUCGCCCCAGCCGGCUUCCCCUACUGA